CAUAAAUAAAUGACUUGUAUCCAAGGCCGUAAAAUAAAUUUAAAAAAAAAAUCAUAAAUAAAUAAGCCUGUGUUUAUUUUAUUAUUUAUUUUAUUUUGCAUUUUUGUUUUGAUGUUUGCUGAAGGACGAGGGUGAAAUUGAAAAAAUAAAAAUACUAACAAUUGAAUUGACGAAGUUAUUAUGGAGUGAAGUAACAUUUUCUUUACUGGAACAUUAAAAUAUAGGUUAUUCUCUAAUCUCUAAUAACAAAACAUGGACACGAAUGACUCUGGUACAUUUGUGCUGUUAUCCAACAGUGGGAUGAUUGCAGACUACAAAGAGGAGACAUCUAACGGGAAUCGGGAGAGCUUAUUAAAAGAGUGCACCACACAGUACGGCAGUGAGCCUGCACGCAAGAACCUGCGGUGCCCGGAAUGUCUGCGAUUCACCACCCACGACCAGGACAAGAUGACGCGACACAUCAGGAGGGUGCACCAGGGGGUCAACCCUUACCAGUGCGAUAUAUGCGAAUACAGCACAUACAACAGCUGUGUGUAUAACGAACAUGUGAACAUUCACAAAGGCAUUAAACCGUUCCAAUGUUCGUACUGUCCCCACAGAAGUGUAUCCAAAAAGAACCUAAAACGGCACGAAUACAUCCAUCGACCUGACAACCCUUUAAAAUGUCUUCAAUGCGACUUUAUAGCACGAAAUCAAAAGAGUUUUAUCUGCCAUGUGAAAACAAAACAUACAGACUCAAAAGUAAAAGGGUUGGUAUGCUCCUAUUGUAAUAAAAAAUUCACAGCAGAGAACAUGUUGGUACAUUCAGCCAGAGUUAAAACUUGCAAUGUUAUUUUGAAUCGAAAGCGUUGUACAUUCACAACGUGCUCCUUCCAACGGAUGAGUUCUCAUAAACAGAAUGAGCAUGCACAGAAGAAAAGGCUGACAAAACCUAAUAAUAAAAAGCAGAAGGUCAAGGUAUUCAAUUGUCGCCUCUGUGAAUGGUCUUCGAAUAAGAAGCCAAGGAUUCUGUUGCAUUUGAUACACCAUCCGAACCAGGUGGUAGACAAGGGUGUUGUGGAUUUGUCCAUUUUGAUUAAACAUAAUAUAAUGGUGUGAUGAUAAUGUAAAUAUAUAUAAUUACCUAUCGCUUCGUGUUUUUUUUGUAUAUUAAUCAUACAUAUGACAUUUAAUUUUUCUAUUUAUAUUUGCUUUUUAAUGCAAUUUAUAAGCAAAGGAAAUGAUUACCUAAAAAGGAUGGCUAAAUAUAAAAGUUAAGAUACCUAAUUGCCUGUAAAAAAACAUUAUUUCAACUUUUGAAUGAAAGUGUCUAACAUUAUAAUAUAAUGGUGUGAUAAUAAUGUAAAUAUAUAUAAUUACUUAUC